CAGCCGAGCGUGAAAGAGUCGGAGGGACAAAGACAUGCAGCAUGAAGCCGUAACAGCAGAACUCACUCUGAACUACAGCAGGAAGGAGCCCUCGGAUCAAAGCUUCGUUGAGGAGUAAACGAGUCUUUUCUCUCUGAAAUGAAGUUUUGCCAUUCUGACACACAGAAAUGCAUCGGAUCGCCGGACUGAACUGAACUGAAAGCUUCAUUGUGGAGUUUAAAUGACCUUUCUAAGAGGCGUUCUCGCAGAAACUGACUCUCGAACUCACAGAAACUCGACGGGAACGGAGGAUUCAGAGAGGAGUGCAUCGGAUCGCAGGGACUGGACUGGCCGACUGAUGGAAAAGCUUCAUUAUUGAAUAAAUGAGUGACUUUUCUUGCUGAAACUCUCAUGAAGACGGAGAGGAAUGCCCUCGGGUCGCAGGGAUUGGACUGAUUACGUGAGUUUUCUCGCUGAAGUGUUAGCCGCGCGAUGCCCUGUGUCCCCCCGGCGCUGCGCUUGAGAACCGCUCCGAUGCGCGCGUACGUCUGAGCUCAGUCAUGAAGAUCCUCUCGGCGCUCGUCGUCUGGGCCGUGAUGGCGACUCUGGACGCUCAGCUGGUGUGCUGGCAGGCGCUAGUCAGGUGUCACGAGGAGCGCGAGUGUGAGCUAGCGUAUAACCAGUACCUGAGCGCGUGCGACGGGAACAUCCGCGGGGAACGCCGCCAGUGUCCUAGCCACUGUAUUAGCGCGCUAAUCCGCCUCAACCAAACCGGAUCCGGGCCGGAUCUGGAGAGAUGCUCCUGCGAGACGGAUCACGAGUGUCUGAGCGCUAAACGAGCCAUCGACCCCUGUCUCCCGCGCACUCACCCUAGCAUGGGCUGCACCGAAGCGCGCCGGCGGUGCGAGGACGACCCCGCGUGUCACGCGGCUCUGAUGGCGUAUCUCUCCCACUGCGGACAACUGUUCAACGGGAGGAAGUGCUCGCCGCAGUGCCGCUCCACCAUCGAGCAGCUUCUGCUAAUGCCGGACGGCGAGAUGCUAAACACCUGCGUGUGCGACGGCCUCGAGCGGCCAUUUUGUGAGGUGGUGAAACAGAACAUGGCGAAACUGUGUUUGAUCGGAGAUCCCGGCGGCGAACACGACGACGCGUACGAGGACGAGGAUUACGAGGCGAGACCGGGAGGCGAGGCGAGCGACGCGGUGGCGUCCGGCUCCAGCGUUUCGGCUCUGUCUCCACACGCGCUGUUGCUGCUCGUUCUCGCGGCGUCUCGGACUCUGUGAACACACGACUCCACAUCUGGAGAGUGUGUAACUCUAUGCACACAAGCCUCGCCCGCGCGGUUAGCGGUUGCAGGAAGGAAUGGCAUCCAAACAACUAAAGAUCACACGUGACAUUGGUGACACUUGUCGAAAAAUUUUCAUCAUAAUUGUGUAGUUUUGAGUUUUUAUUUUCGCUCUCGCUGCGUUUGAGACUCUUUAAAUGGCCGGAUGAUGGAAUGAAACCAUUCAAGGCUGGAAUACACCUGAGACCUGGAGAUUGUAACUUUAGACAUUCUGCUGCCUUUAAAGGUGCAAUAUAUAUAUAUAUAUGUAGCAUUUUCACUCUUCUAAAGCAUAAAAAUACCAUAACAUGUUUGCAUAUAUUGAGGAAACACGUUGAGAGUCGCGCUCGUUCCUGUUGCUUAAACCGGACCCGUGUGAGCGUCGAGUCUGAGGAGGCGGGAGAAAGCGAUCUGAAAUAUUUUGAACUCGACUGCUAGGAAAGUAAAAUGACUUAAGAAAGUGUAUCUUGUUUUCUCAAAUGAAAAAUUCAAAAUAAAGGGAUUAAAUUA